AUGCGCAGCGUGUUUGUGACUAAGUCGACGUGGCACGAGGUGAACCGGGAGUCGCCGACCUACGCGGACAAUCGCGCCAUGAACGACUACGUCAAGGCCAAACAAGACCGCGCUCGGCCUGGAGUUUCUCCGCGUGGACGCUGA